UGCGUCUGAAAGCUGCAGCUGGAACACAGGGAGGCAGAUUUCAGGCUGUUAUUUACAGUGGACACACUCUGUGCAUACCUAUUAGACUCAUCACAAAGGGUGUGAGAGGGUAGUGCUAACAGUCCCAAGAUCAAAGAACAUUGAUAUUAUCUCAUUGGAUGUAAAGGAUUUUGUUUUAUACUUGUCUCAGAAAGGCCUGUGUUGGGGAUGUAGCUGGCUAGCUCGCUGGCUAGUUAUGAAGCUAGCUGGCUAGCUAACAACUCAGAAGUGUCAAGUAGCUGACCACGGAGAUUAUUGUGAAUUGGUGAAGAAACUAAUGCAUCUCCACAUCAUCGUCAUGCACUGCCAGUAAAACAAAGAGACUUGAGACCCAGAGUGUGUGUGUUGCAUGCCUGAAAAGUAGAGUCUAGUGGCUGGGGAGGGAGUUGGUUGUCUUCCCUAAGAGAAGAUAUCACCACCCUGGACAUGAUGGGCCCACGGCGGAAGUCCAUUAAGAUUCAGAGCUUGGAUGAGGGUCUUCAUGACCCUCUUAGUCAAGAGGAGCCCAAGGAUUACAUGAAUGAGCUCUCACAUGAAGUACUUUGCCACAUAUUCAGGUACUUGCCCAUGCAAGAUAUCAUGUGCAUGGAGUGUUUGUCUCGAAAGCUUCGGGAAGCCGUGACCCUGUACUUGCGUGUUGUGAAGGUGGUAGACCUGUGUGCAAGCCGUUGGUGGGAAUACAUGCCAUCAGGAUUCACAGACUCCAGUUUCCUCAUGUUGCUGAAGAAGAUGCCUGACUUGGAGCAGCUGUACGGGCUGCAUCCCCGCUACCUGGAGCGACGGAGAGUCAGAGGAUACGAGGCGUUCAGCAUCCCUGGAGUUCUAGAAGCUCUGCAGGCCUGCCCCAAUUUGAUAGGAGUUGAAACGUCUCACUUGGAGCUUGUGGAGGCCAUCUGGAAUUACAUGCCUCAGGUCCACAUCCUGGGAAAGUUUCGCAACCGCAACGGAGCCUUUCCUAUACCCCCAGAGAACAAGCUCACCAUUCCAGCCGCCGCCAAAAUCCAGACCCUACACCUUGUUGGGGUUAAUGUGCCAGAGAUCCCCUGUGUGUCCAUGCUGAGACACCUCUACCUGAAGUGGGUGCGCCUCACAAAGCCUCAGCCUUUCAAAGACUUCCUGUGCGUGAGCCUCCGCACCUUCGUUAUGAGGAACUGUGCCGGCCCCACCAACUCCCUAAAGUACGUGCCCCUGGUGACCGGCCUGGCCUCGGCCCGCAACCUGGAGCACCUGGAGCUAGUGAGGGUGCCCUUCCUGGGGGGACUCAUUCAGCACGUGGUGGAGGACAGCUGGAGGUCAGGAGGGUUUCGUAAUUUGCACACUAUAGUAUUUGGAGCCUGUAAGAAUGCACUUGAAGUUGACCUGGGCUACCUCAUAAUUACUGCCGCACGCCGGCUUCAUGAAGUUCGAAUUCAACCCUCCCUAACCAAAGAUGGAGUGUUCUCUGCACUGAAGAUGGCUGAACUGGAGUUUCCCCAGUUUGAGACUUUGCACCUUGGAUAUGUCGACGAGUUCCUAUUGCAAUGUAAAAUGAGCCACAACGAGUUGGUGAAAUACGGUCUGGCCGAUGUGAUCGAGAACCCAGGGAUAAUCACUGACAUCGGAAUGAAAGCUGUCAACGAGGUGUUCACCUCCAUAAAGUACCUUGUCAUUUACAACUGUCCUCAUCUACACAACCCUCACAACUGGAUAACAGACCACUCGCGCUGGAGCCGGCUGGUGGACCUCACGCUGGUGCGGUGUCAUGCAGUCAAGCUGGACUCCUUCUGCCAAUUCAUCGAGUUGCUGCCCAGCCUGGAGUUCAUCUCUCUGGACCAGAUGUUCCGCGAGCCUCCCAAGGGUUGUGCGCGAGUGGGUCUGAGCGCAGGCACUGGCAUCGGCGUCUCCUCGGCACUGGUGAGCAACCAGAACUCCAACAAUGACAACGACAACAACAACAAUAACAACAACCACCAAAACAACAACAACAACGACGCCGCCAACAUUCCGCCGCACAAUGACGAGGAAGCCGCAGCGCCCGUUCCCCAGCAGCCGCAGCAACAGCGACCGGAAGACAUCAGAGGGAUGGAUGGGGUGGUGCAGGAGAACGCUGCCCCGGACCCGGUGGUGAUGGAGGUGGCUGAUGCGGAGCAAGGUGCCUCCGGCCCCAGCCAGCCAGCUCGGCCAGCAGAGGGCGACGAGGAGCAAGCAGGUCCCAGUGGGGUGCAGUCUUGCGUUAAGAAGCAGCCGGUGGUGGUGCUGGACUCGGACAGUGAGGAUGAGGAGGAGCAGGAAAAGGCUCGGGUGCGGGCCCCAGGCCCGUCGAAGCCCUCCUACGCCGAGCCGGACACCAGGCCAAAGAGCUCCAGCUCCGAGGUCCAAGCCCUACACAGCAGUAAAGGGAAGACGCCGCUGCGGCGGCGAGGCCCGCCCCCUCAGGAGCCCAGCUGCGAGAAGGGUUGCCAGGUGACCAGUGAGCAGAUCAAAGCGGACAUGAAGGCUGCCACCGAGGCCCCUGAGCGCAGUGCGGGCAGCAGCGGGGCUGGCCAGGUGCCGGGGGCGGGGGCCUAUGUGGGCUCCAUCCGCUGGAGGGAGGACGCCGACAGCCAGGAGGAGGGCGGCCAGGGCGGCAGCUCGGAGGGUGGCCUGGCGCGGUCGGAGGGGCCUGCAGAUCAGGGCGCUGGACGGAUGGACGCCCGGCACACGGGAGGAACCUCGGCCAACGGCCUGGACGACGACAACGACGACGAGGGGGAUGAGGAGGAGCAGCAGCAGCACAGGUGUCUGCCGGGCGAGAUCCCCCGGCGGCCAAUCACACGCUCCCGCAGCCGGCUCUCGGCAGUGCCCCUGGUGUCCGAGUCAGAGCUGUCCAAACCAAAGCCUCGGGUCACAGUGAAGAGGAAACGCACAGCGGACAAGUCCACCAGCACCAGUGACCCAGUGACCGAAGAUGACCACGUACAGGUGCUAACACUAAAGUCCAAAAACCUGGUUGGAAUCACCCUCACAAACUGUGGCAUUACAGACCUGGUGCUGAGAGACUGCCCCAAAAUGAUGUUUGUCCAUGCCACCCGCUGCCGAGUGCUGAAGUACCUGAAGGUGGAGAACGCCCCCAUCGUCAACCGCUUCGACUACGCCCAGUGCAAGAAGCUGGACAUGGAGCAAGUCCUGGAUCAGAUCCUGCGCAUGCCCCCAGAGCGCAACCGCAUCAUCUACAUGAGGCCCAUGCAGCAGAUCAACUCUCUGGCGCUGGAAAAGAUGCUGUUCAGCGGCCCGUACCCCUACCACAUCGCCAUCAUCCACGAGUUCAGCAACCCGCCCAACGUCAGGAACAAGGUGCGCGUGCGAAGCUGGAUGGACACCAUCGCCAACAUCAGCCAAGAACUCAUCAAGUACGAGUUUUUCCCGGAGGCCACACGAACGGAAGAGGAUGUGAAGAAGUAUCCCAACUACCCCUGGGGGCGAGACAUCUACACCUUGGAGGGUGCGGUGGAUGGCGCGCCGUACACUAUGAUCACUGAUUUUCCCUGGCUACGGACACUACGCGCAGCAGAGCCUAACAGCUAUGCUCGCUAUGACUUUGAAGAUGAUGAAAGCACCACCAUCUAUGCGCCACGGCGAAAGGGCCAGCUGUCGGCCGACAUCUGCAUGGAGACCAUCGGCGAGGAGAUCUCGGAGCGCCGGCAGGCGCGGCGUGGCGUUUUCCAGCGGCUGGUGGUGGUCUUCAUCCACUACUGCGAUGCCCGCGGCCAGCCCAUCGACGAUGACUACAUCUAGUGCCUCGUCUCUUCCUGCCCAUCCCCUGCCCCCCGCCCUGCCCCACAGUGGAGGGUGCUGGGGGGGGGGGGUGGGAUGGGGUGUAGAGACUCAUUUGAAGAGGAAAGGGGGUGAAGGGGAGGUGGUUAAGGGUUUGACCACUACCUGCUCCAGCACAGGUGCUCCACACUGACCUCCUCUCUUCUCACCUCCACACGUUGGUCUGUGGUACAGUCUAUGGGGGUGGGGGUGCAAGAGGACCUUUAGGAGAGGGAGAGGUGUAGGAGCAUAGAACAUGCUGCCCUGUCUCUCACCAGGAGCACCAUGACCAGAUGACUGAAGAAAGAAAGAGAGAGAGAGAGAGAGAGAGAGAGAUGAUGAGUGUCUGUUUCUUAAAAGAAGUAUGUUUUGUCAGAUGAAGCAUCAGGCUUUUCUCAGUUUUCUUUUCAGGUGUCCUACCCAGAGUGUUGUCAUGUGUGAGUUGGCCUCCCCCAGGACCCUCUGUGGCUUUGCUGCUGCAGGAGGAGGACGAUGAGAUGUAGACUCGCCUUACGCUGCUGCUCCCAAGGUGCAGGAGAGCUCACCUCGUGAGCAGAGUGCACACCAUGGGUUUCUUUAGAGGUUGGUUUCCAGUAGGGGAACGUGCUGUGCUUGGUGAACAUUCACUAGGUUGUGGUUGGUUGGUUGGUCUUUCAGUUGCAUAUGAAGUGAUACGAUCAAACAGAAAUAGUAUUCUGUUCUCUGUUGUGUUGGUUAAUCCCCCAAAGUGUCUACUUUUUUUUUUGCUUGUGUGGAAGAUUUCUACUGCUAGCUGGUGAAGUACCAAGUUUUUAUUAUUUUUGUUUGUUUUGCUUUGUUUUUUGUUUUGUUUUGUUCUGUUCUCUCACCUACCUCCAGUGCUGAGAGGAGGAAGCACGCUUUCCAAGAGCACCCACCGGCAAGGCUAGAAGUGCCCUUAGAAAUUAAUCUGAAUCUAUAACCUCUGUCUCUUUUUUAUUAUUAUUAUUAUUAUGAUUAUUAUUAUUAUUUUUUAUUUAUUUUUGCUUUAUUUUAAUUUACCUCUUUCCUUUGCUCUUUACUCUUACUUUACUCUUGAGAUCUGACACUGGGUUGGAGUAGGGACUAUUACCAGAGAUUGUAUUGGUGCCAUUUGUUGGGUUGUUUUACUCCUGUCUGUCGGGUGAACGUUUUGGAGGCCCCUUGCACACCCGUGGAAGUAUCAGAAUCAUUAGUUACCUUUUCUCCCUCUGUAGUUCUGUUUUUCUAAGGAUUAAAAAAGGGAUUCAGAUUUCAUAGAGGCAUCAACAUGUUUUGUUUCGCUGGAUACACUCAUUCACAUCCUCUAGUUUAGUUUGGAAGACCGUAACUGAUGAGCGUGAGAGGUGAGCGGGUCAUGGCUGAAUUCAUCCCUUCAUAUGACCCACAUGUGACCAGGUGUCCACCCCUCAAACCACCCCUCAUGGCAGCAUCUUUACUUAUUGUCUCCGUACUGCCACCAUUCUGCUGGUGACCAGAGGUGGACAAUGAGACUCCAGGAAUGUGUGUUAGAGAGAGAGAGAGAGAGCUUGCGGGGAGAGCGCUCUGGAUCUGGGAUGAGGUGUUGCACCCCGUUUUUGUUUGUUUUUUUGAGCGAGUUUUCCACAGGAAGCUCAACAGGUGAAGAGAUUGGUGCAUGUCUGGUGUUUGUGUGCAUCGACAAAUGACACGAGAAGAAGGCGAAAGAACAGGAAGAGGAAAAAAAAAACACGUUUUGUCUUAACUUCGCACGCAAUGCUGAAUACAUUUACUGUGAAAGAACUCGGUGUUCCAGGAGUUAACAUGAUAACAAAGUCAAGUCAAGAGUGAAAAAAAAGCCAUUAAAAAGCGUCAUCAGCCCUCCCUGUUUUCCUGCUGCUGCUGUUCUUUCUACUCGAGCGACUGACUCUCCCCUUUCAAGGCCAAGCUAACAAUCGCUGGUGGGUUUCGACUGAGAACCAUGCUAAGCACUGCAGAAACCUGUGCACAAAAAACCUUGUACAGAUAAGCUGUAUUUAAAGGAUCUUCCAGAUUUGUUUUAUAAGUUUAUAUAAAAAAAGACCUAUUUCACAUAAUAAAAAAGGGAGAAUACAA